AUGAGUUUAACCAAGUGGAUGAAUCAAUGUUUUCAUUAUUAUUACACCAACAAUAAUCGAAUAACGGGUACAUCAUCACAUGACGAUGAUGAAAAUAGAGUGAAAUCCGGAGUGCUGGCCGCCGCUGUCGAUACUGCAUCAUCAGCAAAUAAUAACAAAUAUCCUCCUAGUACAAAUAGUAACACUAAUAGUGGUAGUUGUAAUAAUAAUAAAAUUACAUUACUAUUGAUUUUAUCAAUUAUUUCCACAUCAACUACUGUACAUGCGGCAGCAGACGACUACUUUGAGAUACGAGUCGAUCCAUUAGCAUUAUUGUCGGAAACAUUGCGACAAUUUAGACGAACCGGUUGUGAAAGAGCAUUCAUUACACUGAAUUGUCCUCGAGGUACCAGCAUCUCCAUAGACAUUGCACAGUACAAUAACAUCGAUGAGCAAAAGGAAAUCGAAUGUCCAUCAACAACAGGAUCCAUAACGGACAGCACUCUGUCGAACGUGGUUCACAGCAAUGCAGAAGUUGAAAUUAAACCACCGGAAAGUUGUAAUUGGCCACGUGCAAUCCAGUACUCGUUGCUACAAACUGUCGUUGAGUCGUGUCAAAAGAAGCAACAUUGCCGUUUUAAUGCACCACCAAGGACAUUCGGAGGAGAUCCGUGCCCAGGCAAGGAACGCUACAUAGAAAUCGUGUACAAAUGUCGUCCAUACGAAUUCCGCAAAAAAGUUGCUUGUGAAAAUGAUGUUGUACAAUUAAUAUGCAACCCAUACUCCCGAAUUGCCCUCUACAGUGCCAGCUAUGGGCGUACGGAGCACGAGACGCUGCAGUGUGCUAACCCUGCCGGAAUAAGAGAAGAAACAUGUCUCGCAACACGCAGCACAGAGGUUGCUAUGGAUAAGUGUCACGGGAAACGCAAGUGCAAUAUCAAGGCAGACUCACAACUGUUUGGAAAGCCAUGUAGUCCGGGCUCUUUGAACUAUUUGAAGGUUGUGUACACUUGUGUUCCUCGUAAAGUGCUUCAAAACCAAUUUAACGUUUCCGAGGCAGAUGAACAAAUGCAUUCGGAUGUGGAAAAUGAACAGGAUGAAUUUUACAAUGACGAUCAAGUGUAUGUCGGCAAUGAAGCACCGAAAUUACAAGCUCCUCCGUCCCAUACAGCAACAGCAACUGUGAAUGAUACAUUGGCACAUCGGCCAUCCAAUGCCAUUUUAAUAGCACAACAACCGAAACAGAAAACAAACGAAGAGACACUUGAGGAGAACCAAGAGCGUUUCUUUCUGUACCUCAUUUUGUCUGUCUCGACGGGCAUCUUGUUGUGCCUGCUUGUCAUCAUAACGCGAUUCAUCAUCAAUCGCCGCCACAAUGACGACUCCGAGGGCAGCAACGGUGGGAAAAUUCCGGCAUCGACAACAGGUGAAACCGCCCUGUCUAGCAGCCGGGUAUCGGGUGACGUGACAUGCUUGGAAGCCGAAACAAAAUUUCCCGCACAAGAGCUGGAGACAUCCUACAUGCCAACUAUCGUACGAAAUGAGCAAUUUCAUCAUCAAGAUUAUGUUCUGUAUAAUGCUUCAUCAUGCUCGACACCACCACCGCCACACCAGCAACCGACAACGGCACUUCAGCAGCAGCCUCCCAUUGCGAGCUCAUUGUAUAAUCAAUCAAAUGUGUCACAGACUCCGUAUUAUUUUGUGUCUGCAUCAACGGGAAAAAUAAUUGCUAAUCCACAUUACUCGCAAGCACCAUCGAGUAUAUUGUCAGCACCAUCGCAGCAGCAGCAGCAAAAACAUCCAAUUGUCGGGAGUGCUGCUGCAAUUCCAAAUAUUGGUGUAUCGACACUUCCGCAUCAUCUAGUGGGUCCAUUGCCGCCGCAUUUUUACAUAAAUUCAGGCACGCUCCAGUCACACCACAUGAUGCGUCCCGCCUCGGAGCUAUCUGCCAUGCCGCCAACAAGUAUCCCGGCAGCAACGGCAACAACAACGUUACCCACGUCCUCAAUUGACAAACCAAUUACAUCAAAUAGCGCGACAUCUGUCACGACAUCAAACAUGACCGAAGGUCAUCCCAAUGAAAAUCCACAACAACAACAACAACAAAAAAUAUUCAGUAAUAAUAGUAAUAGCAGUAGUGAUCGACAACAGAUGCAAUAUUUUUACGGAUGA